AUGCCAGCGGUUGAAACGUUCGCCGUGGUGCUGGGGCGCGCGCAGAACGUUGCGCGCGCGUCUGCGUCGUUUGCGUCGGAGCUGUGGGGGCGGCAGGGCGGGUUUGACAGGACUAAGGAAUUCAAACAACUGAUCACAUCGAAAUACAGUACAAGCGUGAGCUUAGGAAAUGAAAUCUGGGUUCACCACUAUGAACCUGAGUCGAAGAUAGAGUCGAUGCAGUGGCAUAAAAAAGGCACAACUCCUCCGAAGAAGUUGAAAGUGUCAGAAUCGGCCGAAAAGAUCAUGGCGACUAUCUUUUGGGAUACAGAAGGUAUUUUGCUGAUCGAUUAUAAAGACCGUGGUGUGACUGGACAGAUUGAAAGAAGCUAUCAAGGAAAAAAGAAGAGGAAAGCUGUCAAAAGGUGUGCUCCUUUUGCACGACAAUGCUCCCGUCCACACGUGCCAUCUUGCGACGGCUGCCAUUCACCUAUAAGGAUUACAAGUGUGAUAAAACCGCCCACUGUGCCGUCGACGAUGCCGGUUAGGCAACGCCUCGGGCCGCCUGUGAAUAAGCUUAGACGCAUAGCGCCAGUGAGUGGUGCACUAGCGGCCGCCCGCAGGGACCCGCGACUGGCGCGACUGCGAACCGCCGCGGCGUCCGCGCCAACCGGGCCCGCCGCGGCGCCCGUGGUGGCUCCUGUGAUGCCGCUCAUACCUGUAGUGCCUCAAGUGCCGAUCGCGCCCAACGUAUUCGACAUUAAAUCUCUCGAACAUGUUGCUAAACGCAAAAAUGGGAUCACGAUAGACGUUCGGCCCGACGAGGCGCCGCAGCGCCCGCGCGACCCGCGCCGUCGCGACCCGCGCCGCCGCGACCCGCGCCUCGAGAACCGCGACGACCACCCGCGGAAAGACAAAACUGAUGCUACCGAGAACACGAUCAGUGACUACAUCGAGAAGCUGCCCGAUCCCAAAAAGAUCAACAACCUCCCGCCCAUACCCAAAAUAAAUAGGGGCGAGGAGGCAGACAGGGACUCGCCGGUUCCGAAUAAGAAACGGAAAGGGUUGUGCGCAGAGAGGAAACAGAAGCGGGAGGAAGCCGACGGCAAGAGCGGCUCGAGCGAGUCCUCGCCGGAGAAGAAGUCGCGGAGCAAGGAGCUCAAAAAUUACCACAGAGAACGGCACAUGAGAACGAACAAGGAGAAGUCUGAGAGCCCCGAGAAAUUACCCACCGAGACCGAGCAGGAUAAGACAGGCACUGAAAAUGAUUCAUCAAGUAAGAUAUCAUUCAAUAUUAACAAAAUGCGAGGUUGUGUUGGAAAGAAGAGACGUCGUACUCUCAGUUCCGAAGAUAUAGAUUUGAGAACCGAUAACACAGAUGACUCCGACACAGAGGACCAUAAAAAAACAAUAUCCGGUAAUAACAUGCGCCAAGCUAAAGAACAGUCAAGUAAUGGCCAAUUGGACAAAAGUCCGUAUAAUGCUUUAAUGCGCCAAUUACUGCAGCUGAACGAGAAACUCGAAUUAAAAGAAGCAAAACAGCUGGAGUCAUUAGAAGUGUCCGAAAGGAAACUCAAGUCGCAUACGAUUGAUGAGAGUAUUACCCCUGUCUUCAUAGAUACCCCAUCAGAUAGUUCAAAUUCGGAGAAUGAUAAAGAAUAUAAUAUAAUUAUGAGAACGAAUACAAACUCCAUGGAUGGAUGCGAUGGUCCCCCGCCUACUGAUGUACAGCCAAUGCCUCCGGCGAUGCCGAUGUUCCCACCAUUCACGCCCAUGUGGAGAGGGCAGCCCAGACCGAGAGUCAAAGUGUACGGACCGCGAAGAUUCCGUGAUCCAGCACAACAGUUCUUUAGAGGAAAAUUCGACAAGAGAGCGAUGAGACCACCGUUCGACCCGCGGCUACCGUUGCCCUUACCGACGCCUACACCUGGCAUGUGCCAGGGAGAGAGCCCUCUCCAGCCGUACGAAAGGACCGUGUCCCCACCUCCUCUCGGCGCGCCAGGAAUUGCCAUCCCACCUACAGAUUUUAGAAUUUUAGAGUACAUAGAUCGAGAUCCUGUUAAAACGAUCCAAAUCGAUGGAGUGCCGAAGGAGAUUAGAUUUUACGGAGAAACAGCUGUCAUCAUGAUGGACUGGGAUGAUCCAAGAGAGAUCAAAUUCUUGCCCGGCUGCAGAAGAGUUAGAUUCGAUAAUAAAGAUUCCGUAGUAUUAUCUUUCAAUGAAGGCUACAAACAAGUGGAGAUCGACGGUCAAGUGUUUAACAUUCGGUUUGGGGCGCCGACGAGGGAGCUUUAUAUAAAUGGCAGAUGGUACGAAUGCAUUUUUGGUGGUCAGCCUAUCGGCACGAUCAUCGAUGGGAGACCUAGAUUAGUGCAAUUAGAAGGGCCGCCUCCCCAAGUUGAUAUCGGAAAGACUAAACGCACAGAUCUAGUUGCUGGCAAAAUCAAUGUCAUCGUGAACGCCACACAGAGGUGUCCCGUCUACCUCGAUGCUAAAGUACAAAAGUUCUUCAUCAAUAGACACGUGCUCACGAUACGCUUCGUGGAUUCGUUGAGAACUGUUCUAAUAAACGAGCAACCGUUUAAACUGGAGUUUGACGGUUUACCUAAACCGAUAUCGAUAGGCAAUGAAAAGUUUUUCAUUAGAUUUUCGGCACUCCCUAGUCACAUAAAGGCUGGUCACAUAGAAAUAGCAAAUAUGGAAGGCACGAGAAUGGAACCGGUCAUGCAGCCGACACUCGGCUUUAACAGUGACAGUAAUACACAAGGUAGGUUUUUUUUUUUAAUUAUUUUAGAAUUGUCAUUACUAAAAGUAAGUACAUUUUCAGGUGUAGCCAUGUUAGCGAGUGCCACGCCUUCAACAAUGGCACCCGCGUCUGCUUCAGAGUACAGUUCAGCUGAGCCGAUGUUUCCAAUCCUGGCCAACAUAAAUGUGAAUGAUUUGUUUGCUAAACUGGUUGCCAGUGGCAUAGUGCAGGUCAACAACGAAUUAAAAACUGAACCCAAGGAAGAGGUGAAAGAAGAGGCCAAACCGAAGGCAAAAGAGGAUAAGAAUGUCAUCCAUAAAGUUGAUUUGCUGAGAAGUGAAACUUUGAAAGUGAAGCAGGAGGCGCUGGUGGCACGGCUGUACGGCGGCAUGCAGUGCUCGGGCUGCGACGUGCGCUUCCCGCCCGAGCACACGGUGCGCUACUCGCAGCACCUCGACUGGCACUUUCGCCAGAACCGCCGCGACCGCGACUCGGUCCGCCGCGCGCAUUCGCGCCCCUGGUACUACGACCACUCCGACUGGCUGCACUAUGAGGAGAUCGAGGACCUCGAGAACAGAGAAAAAAACUGGUUCGAGACUGUUGGGGCGGCGGGCAAGGGUAUGGCGGAGGCGGCGGCCGAGGCGCCCAGCGUGGCGGCCGGCGCGCUGAUUAACCAGCACUGCGCCGUCUGCGGCGACCGCUUCCAGCAGUUCUACAACGAGGACAAGGAGGAAUGGCAUCUGAGGAACUCGCUGCGCCACGACGACGACUUUUACCACCCGCAGUGCUUCGACGACUACAAGGCAUCGUUAACCAAAGAGAAGCCACUCCGAGAGUCGUCCAUCGAGAUCGAGGACGUGGACGACGUAAUGUCGCAGUCGGACAACGAGUCUGUUGUGGAGGUCGUUAAAACUGACGACAGGAACACUCAACCCGUAGAGACGGUGGCUAUGCCCCAGCCGAUGGAGGACGACGGCGACGAGGAUGACGUAGUGUUCGAGGCCCAGUCGGUGGAGGACGACGCCGACACCGACGACGAGACGGGAGAGCGCCGUCAGCGGGACGUACUCGCCGCCAUCGACAUGGCCAACGUACGCGUCAAGAUUGAACCUAUCGACCCUGACGAUGAGCCAAUAAUAACAGCAGAGGAGACCAUCCCCACCGCAGUCGAUACCACACACGUAACAGUGCUGUCCUCUAUCGACGGGAACGUGCAACUCGAGGCGAUUCCCGCGCCAGUCACCUCGCGCAGCAUACGUAUAAAUAUAUCUAAGUCGAUACCCUCUUUUGUGAGUAAUGUACAGGAAAAUAAAAUGCUCGAAGAGAUAAACAUGGAUGAUGAGCCUCUGCCUCCUGGCGAAGAACCACAGUUGGCGUACAAGCUGAAACCGACGCUGGAAGAUGUACAAUUCAGUAGGCAACCACCCGCGAAUAAAGGCAAUGAACUGUCCGGACUCUGUUCUAUUAUGUGAAUAUGUUGUGAUAAACAAGUUUUAUUAGCAGUGUGAAAUGAACGAUUCCCUGGUUAUGAAGUGUUCGUGAAACUUUUUCGUUCGUGAUUUUGAUAAUUCUUCUGCAUUUGAAUAGAGUUCACUCCUGUGUUGGUCCUAUAUAAUUAUUAGUGAUUUGCUCAACGACUAAAGUAGCCAUGUUUCAGAAUAAAAUGAAAGUUGUAAAAUUAAAAACAUCAAUUUGUUUAUAAAAAAUCUCCAUUGGCGUUAUUUUUAAUAGAAAAAUUAUACUCGUAUUGAAA